AGUGAGCAGCAGGAGCUGCUCACUGACAGAUGGUUCCUCUACACAACAUAUAGCCCUGCAGAAGCCUGAAGAACUUUACACCAGAGACCCAAAAUGAGAGCCUUUAUUUCAGUCGUGACCCUUUUGUGGGGGAUAGCAAUACCCUGCAUGGAUGCCAUCCACGGAUUGUACAGCCUCGGCCAGCAUGAUCUAUUCCACAAGAAAAACAGCUGCAAGCUGAUUCCUGAAAACCUCCUCCUCUGCAACGACAUAGAAUACACGGAGAUGCGCCUCCCGAACCUGCUCGGACACGAAACCAUGAACGAGGUCCUGCAGCAAGCUUCGUCCUGGACCCCCCUGGUUCAGAAGCAGUGCCAUCCCGACACGAAGAAGUUCCUCUGCUCUCUUUUCGCUCCCGUCUGUCUGGACGACCUGGACGAGCCCAUCCAGCCGUGCAGGUCGCUGUGCGAAAGCGUCAGGCACGGCUGCGGGCCCGUUAUGCUGGCGUUCGGGUACCCGUGGCCAGAGAUGCUGGACUGCAACCGCUUCCCACCCGACAACGAUCUGUGCAUACCGCCUGCAAGCAUUGAGAACAUCGUCCCUGUCACAAAAGAGGUGCCCAGGGUGUGUGACGCUUGCAAAGAAACAGAAGAGAAUGACAACGAAAUUGUUGACAGCCUGUGCAAGAAUGAUUUCGCUCUGAAAAUCAAAGUCAAGGAGCUCUCCUACAUCAACGGCGACACCAAAAUAGUGCCGGACACCAAGAGUAAGACCAUUUACAUGAUGAACGGCGUGACGGAGCGUGACCUGCGGAAGACGGCGCUGUGGCUGAAGGACGGACUGCGGUGCAUCUGUGAGGAGAUGAACAACAUCAGCAGCCCCUACUUGGUCAUGGGCCAGAAGAUGGAUGGCCAUCUGGUCAUCACCUCGCUGAAGCGCUGGCAGAAAGGACAGCGUGAGUUCAAGAGGAUUUCACGCAGCAUUCGUAAGAUGCAGUGCUAGGAAAGAAAGCGGCACAUCGGAGCUGAAGAUCAUGUUUAGCUGAGGUUCUUCUGUCAGGCUGACGUGUUUUUAGGUUCGAUUUGGAUGCUCUGAGUACAGCUUUGUCCAAGUCCUCAGAAACUACAAAUGCCAGAAUCCUCCGGUCUUUUGUUUUUCUAAUAGAUGAUAAAUUGUGUUUUAUUGGGCUUUAUUCAGUUUCAAUUAUAUGUGAUGUGGGAGGAAGACCGUGUUUAUUAAAAACUGUUCCAUCAACCUUUUUUUUAAUUAAGUUAAACUCGUUUUAAAAUGAACAAGUGCCUCCUAGUGGACAGUUGUGAAAUGUCAGGCUUUCCAUAAAGAGGGAGCUUUUCCAUCCCUUCCUAGUCAAUGUAAAUAAAACUCAGAUUGUGUUUAAGGUGGAGCAGCAUAAUGUAUCACAUGAUUGGAGUGAAAACUGCAUUGGGGUUUUGAGUCUAGCAUUAAAAAUUAAGUAUUAGCCGAUAUGGCUGCAUCCUUCUGUUUUUUUAAUGUGACUAUUGUUCAAGAUCGGCAAAAGUAUUUUUUAUCAUCUAAAAUUAAAGUAAAGUGAUGGAAUUGCCCAAAUGUAUAAAAGCAAAUUGGAAAUGUAUUUCUAUGUAAUGUUUCUUCAGCCUUUUCAGAGGUCUUUCAGCAUUAAUGCCAGAUACAUCAGAGCAGGAUUAAUUUUGCAUGAUGCACACUGAAUAAAAGUGGGAUCUUUGUGUGUGUUCACAGUGGGGUGUUUAGACAGCAUUUGUACUUUUAUAUAUUCCCUGUAUUUUCUCAAGUAAUUACGAGAGAUAGCUGGCUAUAUUCUCUUCCUGUUCACCCCUGUAAUAAUAUUAGUGGGCUGUUUUUUUUUUUUAUGUGAGCAACUGUCCCCUUCUCUGUCAGCCUCAGAUAAAACUAUUUUUCUACUCCAGGGCAGAUUUUUCAUGUACUUUAUUGUUUGGUUGCUAACUUUUGGAUUUACAUUGUCUCCACCAAUUAGUCUGACCACAGUUAUUAGUGUUUCUGAAAGCAGUAAAGUAGGAGGUUGUUACAUGUUUAGAUUCUAAAGCAUUUCUUUGAAGGUCUCACAAUGUAAAUACACAUUAUUGUCCCACAGUAGUGCUAAGUGUUUAGCUAGUAGCUGUUUAACAUGUUUAAAUUGGUCAAUUUGUUGCCUGUGUGGAUGGAUGUUCAGAAUAAAACUCGAAUGUUUUUAGUCAAA